ACUUUCCUUUUUCAGUGUCAGGCAGAAUGCGUACUAAAUGAAACGGGCAUUCUAGUGAACCAUCAGUUCCUUAUAGAGCAAGCGAUCAAGGUGCUGCAUCAACAGGUCCCGAACAGUACUCUCGUAUGGAAGAAUGUGUUCGAAGUGGCAGCAAGGAAGUGUUACAAUUCACAAGUGGAAGAACCCUUCUAUCUGGGAGAUGUGGCUAAAAAUCAGAUCUCAUCGCAGUGUAUUCCAUCGUCGCUGCAAUUUCUCGAGUGCAUGUUUACGAUCGUGUACAGGGAUUGUCCCGACGCUUAUUGGAACGUAACUAAUGAUCGAUGCUCCGUAGUGUCCGUUUUGAACAACUGUCCAUACCUGUUCCUGCAUGUAUGGAAGAUUUAGAAUCUUUUUUUCGUCAUAUUGAAGACACGCUACUUCUUUUCAACAUAAAUCUAUCAUUAAGUAAUGUGGCUAAUGAUACAAAAUGACAAAUUAUAUAUUGAAUGAUCAACAAUAAAGCCUUGUAAGUGGACGAUUAUUCACUGAUACGAUAUUAAUGAUAGUUUCGCUUUAAAAAGGAAGAAGUCUUCAUGCACAGUUACCCAACGCUACUACUGACAGUCGUUUGCAGACAGAUAACCGUAACGGAUCACCAAAAUGGAACGUAUUUAUAAAGUCGUGUUUCUAAUUUCAUGCACUUUACCACUUGUAUUGCUACAAGUAAUAAUAAUCUGCAGUGAAACUACU